AUGUCUACUCAUAUAGCUGACAUACCUACUCAAAUAGCUGAUAUAUCUACUAUUCUAGCUGAUAUAUCUACUAAUAUAGCUGACAUAUCUACUCAUAUAGCUGAUAUAUCUACUCAUAUAGCUGAUAUAUCUACUAUUCUAGCUGAUAUAUCUACUAAUAUAGCUGACAUAUCUACUAAUGUAGCUGAUAUAUCUACUAUUCUAGCUGAUAUAUCUACUAAUGUAGCUGAUAUAUCUACUAUUCUAGCUGAUAUAUCUACUAAUAUAGCUGACAUAUCUACUCAUUUAGCUGAUAUAUCUACUAAUGUAGCUGAUAUAUCUACUAUUCUAACUGAUAUAUCUACUAAUAUAGCUGACAUAUCUACUCAUAUAGCUGACAUAUCUACUCAUAUAGCUGAUAUAUCUACUCAUGUAGCUGAUAUAUCUACUAUUCUAGCUGAUAUAUCUACUAAUAUAGCUGACAUAUCUACUAAUAUAGCUGAUAUAUCUACUAAUAUAGCUGAUGUAUCUAAUAAUAUAGCUGAUAUAAAUACUAAUCUAGCUGAAAUAUCUACUAAUAUAGCUGACAUAUCUACUAAUAUAGCUGACAUGUCUACUCAUAUAGCUGAUAUAUCUACUCAUAUAGCUGAUAUAUCUGCUAUUCUAGCUGAUAUAUCUACUAAUAUAGCUGACAUAUCUACUCAUAUAGCUGACAUAUCUACUAAUAUAGCUGACAUAUCUACUCAUAUAUCUGAUAUAUCUACUCAUAGCUGA